AUGGAUACUGAGAAUCCACAGAAUACUGAUAGAGAUAUAAUCCGAGCUAUUUGUGAGAAGCAUUCUGUCCAACAAAGUGAUAAUUCUGGUGUCACUCUAGUUGAAUCUUUGGCAAUCCAUCCUGAUGCUGUGCCGGAAUGUUUCGAACAAGAGGAUAGUCUAAACGGAUUAGCUGCUUUACCUCUUCUUAUGAAGGAAGACUUGGCUGAACGGCAGGGAUGUGAUCCUGUCAUCCGUGAGGUAGUGAUGUGCAUGGAAUCUGGUGAAAAACCUCUGCCUGCAUUACGACUAGAAUAUCCAGAUCUUCCAUUUUACUUACGAGAAUGGGACCGUCUUGAGUUGAUAGAUGGAGUUCUGUACAGACGACGACGAGAAGGAGACUCUGUCAAUUUCCAACUGGUUUUGCCAGAGGAUCUUAGAAGUUUUGCUUUGAACAGUCUACAUGAUCAAAUGGGUCAUAUGGGAACAGAAAGGACGCUAGAUUUGGUCCGUUCUAGGUUCUAUUGGCCAAGGAUGGGAACUGAAGUGGAGCACAAAAUUAAGACUUGUAGUCGUUGCGUACGUAGGAAAUCCUUGCCGCAGAAAAGUGCGCCCUUAGUAAACAUUCAAGCCACAAGACCCUUACAACUUGUUUGCAUGGAUUUUCUUUCUCUUGAACCAGAUAAGAGCAAUACUCGUGAUAUCUUGGUUAUUACCGAUUUCUUUACGAAGUAUGCAGUGGCCAUGCCAACACCGAAUCAGAAAGCAAGAACUGUUGCAAAGUGCCUAUGGGAUCAGUUCAUUGUGCAUUAUGGUUUCCCUGAGCGGUUACAUAGUGACCAAGGACCAGAUUUCGAAUCUCAUACCAUCAAGGAACUUUGUGCAAUUGCGGGAAUCCAAAAGAUUAGAACAACACCAUAUCAUCCUCGAGGAAAUCCUGUGGAACGGUUUAACCGGACUUUGUUAAAUAUGCUCGGAACAUUGGAAGAAAAGGACAAAAGUCAUUGGAAGGAUUUUGUCAAACCCUUGGUACAUGCAUAUAAUUGUACUAAACACGAGUCUACAGGAUUUUCUCCAUAUGAGUUGAUGUUUGGCCGUCAACCUCGGUUGCCCCUUGAUCUUGCUUUUGGAUUGCCAUGUAAAGACUGUAAACAAGUGUCUCAUUCACAGUAUGUUCAAAGUCUUAAAUCUCAUCUUAAGGAAAGUUAUGAGGUUGCGUCACAAAAUGCACGGAGGAUUGCUGAAAAGAACAAAAUCCGGUAUGAUAAACGGGUAACUAAUUCUUCUUUGGAAGUCGGAGAUCGUGUUCUAGUGAGGAAUGUACGCAUCCGUGGAAAGCAUAAGCUAGCUGACCGAUGGGAAUCUGACAUCUAUGUUGUUGUAAAACAAGCUGCUAACUUACCAGUUUACACUGUCCGGCCAGAAACAAAAGAUGGUCCACUUCGUACUCUUCAUAGAGAUCUUUUGCUUCCCUGUGGAUUCUUACCUGCUUCCAAGAUCCCAGAUCCAGUUGUGAGUAAACCUAAUGUAAGACAUAAGACUCAGAAGAAUCCUGAUUCACAGAUCCUUGACAGUUCAGUUUCUGUUCUUGAGAUGGAUAAUGACAUUCCUGAAAUGAUGUGUGGAGCUUAUCCAAUUGAUGAGACAAGAUUUACUACGGUUCACCAAGUGCUUAGGCCGAAUGUCUCUGAUGAGGUCCCUCAUAACCCUGAGGUUAUUCAUUCACUUUCAGUGGACAAGGUAGCUCAGAGUGAUCAAAGUAGUGACUUACCUGCGGAUGUUCCAGAGCAAGCUCCACCUACUGAAAAUAUAAGAGAACACUUACCUGUUGGUGUUCCAACAGACUCCUUACCUAAUGUCUCGGAGAUCACUGAGUCAAGUCCAAUUCCUGAUGCAAAGUCAGUUAAUGAUCAAGAAAAUUCUCAAGAGGAAUGUAGUGGACAGACCCAGACCUCUGACGAGGAGGGGAAUGAUCUUUUAGAAGACCUUCCCAGACGAUCAACUAGACAAAGAAAGGGUCCUAAAAUGCUUACCUAUCCACAGCUUGGAAACCCUUUAAUGCACGUAGUGGAUUCCUUUUUCCAAGGCUUAAACACCGUUUUGCUUAAUGCAUUGGAUAAUAGUGAAAGUCUGAAUGAUUUACCAGGGAAAUCCUCCAUACAGGAUGUAUAAUAUGUUGAGUUAUUCUAAACUGUCACGAGACGUGCACAGUUAAGUGGGGGAGGAUGUAACCCAGAUUACUGAAGGGUUAUAUUUGUACAUUUAUAAAAUAAUAUAAAUGAUCAGGGGAUAAAACAACAUGAUAAAACAACAUAUAGCUGUGGAUUCAUUGUUCUAAAAUGUUCUUAAUAAGAAAUAAAUUGUUUAAAAAUAAUAAUGUGAAAUAUUCACAUGUUAUUGGUUUAGCCAAUCAGUGAUGUGUGGGAGGGAUUUGCGCUUGCUGACGCAGUGGGAAGAGAUCGCCAGACUGUGGAGGAAGAGAGAGGGUGAGAUCGCUAGAUUUGAUGAUUUAAACUGUGAAAUCAGAUUAUAACUUUGAAAUUAGUUCGAGAAACUUACAAAAAGCUUUCAUAGAGAAGUAUUUGAAGAGGAUUCAGUCAUUAAAUUGUUCCUGUGACGAUCGAUGGGAAAAUUGCAUCAUUGUGUUGUUGAGGAGUGAAUAUAUGGACAUGGUCAGGUUUUUUUUCUUUGGUGUUUUUGAUUGAAGACUGAUUCACAUUGAUGGCGAGCCAACCUAUUCGGACACUAGAAAAGGAAACUGGAAAUCCACCCUACUGAACCAGGAGAGUACUUUAAUACUUAUUAUUUUUUUCAGCUCAAGGUAAAAGACAGUUUUUUUCCGUUUCUGGAUAGAGACUGUUCGUGGUUUUUUUUUCUGAGAACUGAUUAAAAAAAGGAAACAAAAAAAAAAAAACUAAUACCAGCGCACGGACACUUGGAAAUCAAACUAUUUUCCUUUUGAAGUGAAAUGAGAAAUACUGAGUUUGUUGAUUCUGAACAAGUGGUUUUCUUUACAUUUUCAAUGUAAUUUCAAUUGAACUUUAUUUUGUUUUAUUGUGUUUUGAUUGUUUAUCGUAUUUUGUUAAUUUUAUUUUGGGGAAAGAUCUGCAGAAAAUUAUAUCUAUAAACAUUUCAAAUACUUACCUA